AUUUAACAAAAAAACAUUUUUGCUAGUAAAACCACUUAAAAUCUGAAAAUACAUUGUUUAUAGUCGAUAACGGAUCUUCAGUAGCGAUAAUCAGAAGCUAUUGUAUUUGGAGUGUUUAGGAAUACCGAGUACUGAGUCAUAAUCGUAAAUAAUCCAACGUUUCACGUGUCAAUGUUUUGAUUAUGUAGUCGCCGGCUGUUUUGAUAGCCGCGUCUGUCGACGGCAACACAUAAACUGGAGCGCUUACUAACCGCGACACAUACGGGGCUCCGAAAUGGAGUAGAGGCUCGCGAAGCUCGGCUAUGCGGCUCGGGGCAGUUGGUGUAGUGUUGACAGUGAGCACAGUGACGUAUGUAGCCGUGGCGCGGACCACCCCGGUGCCGCGGCCGCACCGCGACGUGGUCACUCUGCAGGGCACGGUCCGGGGGUACCUCGCCUCCAAUCCGCCCCACUUUGCUUACUACGGCAUCCCUUACGCACGGUCGCUGACGCAAAGCGGCAGGUUUAAGAAUCCCCAACCUCCUCCCACGUGGGGCGGCAUCUUCGAAGCUCUGCAUAAGAUUAAGUGUCCCCAAGUUAAGGCUGCUGGAGAUGAAAAUUGCCUGGUCAUCAACAUAUUCACACCAGAAAAGCAAGACGCUACGUUGCUGCCUGUCGUCGUGUUUGUGCACGGCGGAGACUUGCAGAAGGGGUGGGGCGCGCACCGGCCUCCCGCCUUGUUCCUCGAGGAGGGCAACAACGUGAUCGUGACGUUCAAUUACCGGCUCGGGAGUCUGGGUUUUCUCUGUCUCAGGACUCCUGAGGUCCCUGGGAACGCAGGGCUAAAAGACCAGAUAGCGGCCCUAUACUGGGUACACAGAAAUAUCCAGCAGUUUGGAGGGAACCCUCAGGAUGUCACUGUGUAUGCUACGGAGGCAGCUGCCAUCGCUGUACAGUUAAUUCUGUUGUCUGAAUUAGUUGAAGGACUUCUCCACAAAGUUAUUCUAGAGUCAGGGUCAGUGCUGUCUCCUGCCGCUCUGGCGUAUGACCCCCUCGGUACAGCCUAUACUGGAGCCGCAUAUUUGGGUUACACAGGCUCAGCUGACCCAGACAAACUGUACCAGUUUUACCUACAAGCUUCGGAUGAGGAUUUGGUAACAAUCCCAGAAACAUUCCAACCUUGUGUUGACAACACAACAGAUAAUAUCCAUAGCCUCAUAGACUUGGAUCCCAUGCAAAAGCUGGAAGACGGAUUAUUUACCAAUGUGCCCAUGAUAAUCACAUACACACAAAAAGACACUGCAUCUAUUCUAGGAACUGAUCUAGAGAGGUUUGAGAAACCUCCAGACCAUUUUGAAUACUUACUACCACACAAUUUACAAUUUAAAAAUGAAGAAGUUAAAAGUGAAGUAGCCAAGAUAGUGAAAAAGUUUUAUUUUCCCGAGGACUUCACUAGAAACAGCAUGGUACAUAACUAUGCUUACUAUGUCCAGGACAUUUUGGUGGAUUACCCUAUUAUAAAGUUGGCAAUGAUGUUUGCAGUCAAGAAUACAUACCCAGUGUAUGUCAUGAAAUAUACACUGCCUAAGAUAAAUAAGGAUUCAAAUAAGUUGGAGUCGAGCAGUUCAGACACAAUACUCGAGUACUUGCAAAAAGAUAAAGUGCAGAGCAACUUAUUUGUUGAACUAGUAACAAUGUUGUUAAGGAACUUCAAAUCAUUAGGCGACCCCACACCGCUGACUACGGCAUUCAUCCCUUUAAUAUGGCAGCCUGUGCGAACUGAGGGAGAGACUCUGAGCCGCAUAUCAGAUGUGCAAGUUCUACACUUGGGUUCCACCCGGAUGACAGUGUCAUCACAUGGUAAUCCACGGCUUCAGUUCUGGGAUAAAGUUUAUACAAGAUUCCACAGAGCACAUGAGGUCACAGAAGAAGAAACUGAAGAUAUUCUCAGUAUCAAAGAGGAGGAGGAGGACCAUGACGACAAUGACCUGUAUAAACUCGUGUUUCCGGAAGAGAAGUAAAUAGAGAGUUCUGUUUCGUAGAUAUUAAAUAAUUAUAAUCUGUUGUCAAAUAAACCGAAACUAGAAAUCACUGUUUUCACUAUGUGCCACGAUGAUAUACAUUUUGCAACAACUUCAUGGAACUUCAGCAGGUCAGCACGCCUGUGCACUUGUCAUUCUCUCUAGUUCCGCUUCGCGAAAUUCGAAUGUCGCCCAAAUUUACACAACGCAAUCACUGCGUACACAAACAUGAUUAUUUGCAACUACUGUUACUAAUUAUCGAGUCAAAGGUCAUAUUAACAGAUUACAAAUAAUAAAAACCAAACAAGUAAACGUUUCCAAGAAAAUAUCG